AUGAUAUCUGGAGGCUUAACUGACGACAAACCUGCCACUCCAGAAAUCCAGGAGAUCGCUAACACGGUUAAACCACAGCUUGAAGAAAAAACAAAUAAGACUUAUGAAGAAUUUGAAGCUGUGGAAUAUAAAACUCAAGUGGUUGCUGGAACUAAUUACUACAUUAAGAUACGAGUAGGUGAUGAUCGUUAUAUUCACAUAAAAGUAUUCAAAAGCCUUCCUCAACAAAAUCAGUCUUUGGCACUUACUGGCUACCAGGCUGACAAAAGCAAGGAUGAUGAGCUCACCGGCUUCUAG